UAGUAAUUCUUCCGCCGUGCGAAAAGAACGGAUCAAGAAAGAAUUCGAGUCUUUAGCGAGGGAUCAUCUGGGCGAGUGCGAUUUUAUGUAGGCAGAACAAACAGUGUUAAACUCGGAUGAUUUUCGCUGAUAUGCAACGAUGAUUCCUUGCGACAGGGUUUUCGAUACUCUCCGUCAUAGUCCAUGGUACAAUCUAUAUCGCCCGGAAGGCGUAGCCCCCGUCACAACCACACGCUAUGUCUAUGGCAAUCCCCUCAUCGCACGGACAAUGAUCGAGCAUAACUUUGUCGCUGGCUUACACGUUCCAACAAACCUUAUUCUGAUUGGAGACGAGAAGCAAACGUUCAUCGUUUAUGACGUUCCCAGCAGUCUCAUUGGCGUUGAGAAUCCAGUGAUCACUUUUGAGAGUCAGCCUGAAAGUGGAGGAUUGGAAAGCUUAAGGGCGGCUGCUGAAGUACUGGACAAGAAGGUUGAGGGACUAUUGAAGACGGUCAUUCAAAGAGCCGACGUGCUUACUAAGGCGAAGCUAUAGAGGCUGCUACUGUAUGUACUUAUUGCUAGCCUCAAGAAGCUAGUUUGUUUCUGGUUUUAAAGCAAGUUUCCGACCAAAAUUGUAACGCGAAUACACCACCACACUCAUUAUGCUCUCAUAGGCUGUAAUUGCGGCCGCACUGCCACGUCGUAGAGUACAACAACAACCCACAACAGGAAACUCAUGCACUAUGCGCUCACCGAAGGGUAGACGACUG